AUGUCAACCAUCUAUACUAUUCAUCGAGUUCAACAUAGUCAAAAAUGGUCAUGUAAUAGAUGUUUACAACUUAGUCGACUUAUGAUUGGAUGUGGCGUUGCAAUAACAAUUGUAUUUGGUUUAUGUUCUGUUCUUUUAGCAAGUAUUUUAAGUGGAAAAACGCGUAAAAAGUAUUUUUGGGGUUAUCGAAAAAAUUUAUGUGCCAGAAUUUUAAAUGGUUUUGUUUUAUUUAUAACAUUUCUUUUAACAAUUUCAUGGCUUAGUAUUGCUUGUUUAACAUUUAUUCCAUUAUACGGUCUUUUCUAUGUAUAUUUUGUCGUAUGUAGCAAUCGUUACGGUACAGCUGGUGGUAGUUUUGUAAACAUUUUAAAUGAAAUUAAUCAACAUGCGCAUCGAUCCGAUGAGAAACCAGCACAUUUCAAACUUGCGGAUAUUUGUCAACCAUCUUAUCGUGAGUAUUUCAGUUUAAGUAUUGUUACAACAGCGUCAUGUGUGGUCGUUAUUAUUAGUUUGAUUUUUUUAAUGAUUGCUCAAGGUGCAAAUCAUGCACAUAUUUAUAAUGAUCGAACUCGAUAUGAAGUGGCACAAAAUGGAGAUCAAGAAAUUGAAGAAACAAAAAUGUGA